UCCCUUGGUUCCCUUGGUUCCCAAUAUCAAUCCUUCAUUCCUCGCCUGAGACCACCAAAUAACAAGAGUUUCCGGGCACUUCCGGUUCAACCCUAUCCUCCCUCUCUCAAGUUUAGCCCAAAGUCCCUUGAGUCUUGCGUGUUCACAUCCCUAGUUAAACCGCCCUCGCCUUGAGCAUUGUCUCUUGAGCAUUGUCUAGAAAGUGUCAUCAGCCCGAGACUGUGCUCUCGCCAGCACGAUGGACAAGUCAUCACCCACUCAAAACCCGUCAGGGUCAUUGCAUGUCAAUGGCCUGCUCUCCCCUCCCCUCACACCAGACCCGAACAACAGGGGCAGCAAUGCCAUGGGCAUCAUCGACAACGCCUUCGACAACACACGCCCGCCCUCCCCGGACCCGAGCGUCUCUUCGAGCUACGGCUCCAGCUCGGGCCCCCGACCAGCCUCGACCUUCACGGCCACCUCCUUCAACUCGUCCCAAACGGCCUCCUCCCCAGACCUGAGCCGCGAGGACCCCCACCCCCUCCCACCCAUCUACGCCAUGCACGAUGACCAGCAGCAGCACCACCAAUACAAGCCCACAUCACCAGCAACACCCACAUCGGCACCCCGCCACAGCAGCAGCAGCACCAGCAGCAAGCCGCGGACCUACACAGACGGGCGGCAGGACGCGGCGUUCCCACGACUAUCCAAACCCGUGGAGCUGCUGCGCAGCACCUACGACGUGGUGGUGAUCGGGUCCGGGUACGGCGGCGGCGUGGCGGCGUCGCGCAUGGCCCGCACGGGCCAGUCGGUCUGCCUGCUCGAGCGCGGCCGCGAGAAGUGGCCCGGCGAGUACCCCGCCGGCGCCCUCGACGCCGCCAAGGAGCUGCACUACUCCGGUACUUUUUCGCCGGGUUGGGUCAAGGGCUCGCAGGUGGAGGGUGGUGACCCCACGGGGCUGUAUCAUUUGGUUAUGGGCAGGGGGCAGAGUGCUGUUGUGGGGAAUGGGCUUGGUGGGACGAGUCUGAUUAAUGCAAAUGUGUUUAUGGAGGCGGAUAAGGAGACGCUGGCGAUGAAGGAGUGGCCGCCAGAGAUCCGGGAAGAUGUGGACGGGUUGGAUAAGUACUAUAAGAAGGUGGAAGACGUCCUCGACCCUCAGGAGUACCCGGCCGAGUGGCCUGAACUUCCCAAGGCCAAGCUGCUCCAGAAGCAGGCCGAGCUGAUGGGGUUGGGGAAUAAGUUCAAGAAGGUGCGUCAGACAACGCGCUUUGUCAACGGCCCCAAUAGCUGCGGCGUCGAGAUGUCGCCGUCGUCCUUGACCGGCCAAGACGCCACGGGAGUCAAUGAUGGCUCCAAGAACACCACCCUCGUCACCUACAUCGCCGACGCCUGGAACUGGGGCGCCGAGAUGUUUUGCGAGUGCGAGGUGCGCUACAUCGAGGAGGACAAGAACGGCGAGGGAUACCGUGUUUACUUUGCCUGGCACGGCCGAAAUCGGGGAUUGUUCAAGGCCAACCUGCAUGGCGACCUUAUGUGGGUGCAUGCGAAGAAGGCCGUUUUCCUCGGUGCCGGCUCCAUCGCCUCGACCGAGAUCUUGCUCCGGAGUAAGGCUAUGGGGCUCGAGAUGAGCGACAUGGUCGGCCAGCACAUGAGCGGAAAUGGAGACAUGCUGGCGUUUGGUUACAACACCGACGAGGACGUGAACGCCAUAGGACGGGAGAACCCGUCGCCAUACCACCCCAUCGGCCCAACCAUCACCAGCGUCAUCGACUGCCGGGAGGAUGAUACCAAGGCUGAUUUCAACCCCUUAGACGGGUUUGUGCUUGAGGAGGGGGCCAUUCCGCAUGCCCUGGCGCCUCUCUUCCAGGCAAUGCUGGAUCUCAUGCCGGGAAAGAAAGACCCUCAGAAUGACACCCUCAUCGAAAAGACGCAAGCUGCCCUGGCACGGUAUGGUAGCAGGUUCCUUGGGCCCUACUACAAGAACGGGGCGGUGCAGAAAACGCAGGUUUACCUCAUCAUGUCUCACGACAGCAACCAAGCUGUCUUGUCUCUCAAGGAUGACAAGCCGAUGCUUGAGUUUCUGGGUGUCUGUCGGGGACAUCACGUCAAGAAGCUUAAUAAGCUGCUCGAAAGGGCAACCGAGGUCGUUGGUGGUACCCUUGUACAAAGUCCCUUUUACGAGCUGUUGGGCCAACAGAUCACGGUCCAUCCCAUCGGUGGCGCAUGCAUGGCCCGAGACAACACGGGUAAAACUGGUGUAACCAACCAUGUUGGUAAAGUCUUCAGGGGGAGGGAUGGCCGGACCCACGACGGCUUGAUCGUGACGGAUGCUGCGGUGAUCCCUACGGCGCUUGCUGCCAACCCUUUCGCCACGAUUGCCGCGCUAGCUGAGCGCUCAGUUGAGGCAUACGCCAAGUCCAACGGUCUUACCAUCAGCGAAGAGGGGAAUGGCAUCCUGAACCUCCUCGGCGAGCCGCAGCAUAGGCCAAGACGCAUGCAGCCGAGUCACAAGCGCGAGCAACUCAAAGCCCUCGAGGAACAGGAUAGCAUUAGCGUGGCUAACAAGGUCAUCCGCACUGCCCGCGAGGUCAGCGCGAGUGGUAUCGGCUUCACCGAGGUCAUGUCGGGCUUCAUCCACCCUGACGAGGAUCUCAAGGAGGACAACCAAGAGACAUACGAGCUCGCCCACCGCAUGGCCAAGUCGCUCUGCGAGAGCGCGCGCUUCUUCCUGAGCGUGCAGGCGUUCAACACCAAGGAGAUGGUCAACCAUGCGCAGCAUCGUGGUAUGCUGACGGGUACAUUCGUGUGUCCGGCCAUUCCAGGUUCGCCUUUUAUGGUGCAGCGAGGAGAAUUCAACCUCUUCAUUCUCAACAACAAGGCACCGGGCACUCGGAACCUGACGUAUGAUUUCGACAUGACCGGCGUUGACGGCAGGAAGCUGCACUUCCAUGGCUACAAAGUGGUCGACUCGUCGGUUGCCCUGGCCCCGUUCCAGUUCUGGAAAGCCACUAGCACCCUGUAUGUGACCAUCAGCAAACAUGUGCCUUACAUGUGUGCCGACCUCGACGACGAAGAAGCCUGGCGCCGAGCGCCUGUCAUCGCCAAGGGCAUGAUGCACAUUCAGCCCGCCGACUUUUUCUCCCAGAUCAACACCAUGACGCCCACCGGCAGCAACUUCAUCAAGAAGGCCCUCAGUGCGGCCAGCUUCCUGACCUACUUCACGCGCAAAUCCAUGUCGCUUCUCCUCGCGCCUUUGACCCCCCUGGAGUAUCCCACCAAGACUUUCAGCGGCUUCAUCAACCACACGCCGCCCAGUCAGUCCGUCGACAUCGUCGCGUCGGACGGCGUGUCCUCGCGCAUGCACAUAUGGGAGCCAACCCACUUUCCCGGCAACGACCCCAAGAACAUCCGCAACCUCUUCAUGAUUCCCGGCGCCUCGGUCGACCACCAGAUCUUCGCCCUCCCGACCAUCCCCUACAACGCGGUCAACUACCUCACCCGCGCCGGCUACCGCGUCUUCGUUUCAGUCCACCGCAUCAGCCAGAUCAUGAUUGCGGGUAGCAACUGGACAACCUACGACGCGCGGCUGGACCUCAAGGCCUGCCUGGAGCACAUCCGCAGCAUCCACGGGCCCGACAAGGUCUACACCAUCGCGCACUGCAUGGGCAGCGUGGCGUUCGCGUCGGGCCUGCUGGACGGCACGAUCCCGACGUCCUGGAUCCUGGGCAUCACCUGCUCGCAGGUGUUCAUGAACCCGGUGUGGGGCCCAACCAACAUGGCCAAGGUCAUGGCCGGCCCCUUACCACUAGACAAGUUCUACGGCCUGUUCGCGGGCAGCUGGUUCUCGUGCAGCACAUCCAACCAAGACACGCUCGUGCAGAAGACGGUCAACCAGCUCCUCCGCCUCUACCCCCAGGCACGGCGCGAGAUGUGCAACAACGCGGCCUGCCACCGCACCUCGCUGGUCUUCGGGCGGUGCUGGAACCACACCAACCUCAACGAGGCGACGCACCGGCAGAUGGACCGCUUCUUCGGCGGCGUCAACAUGCGGCAGCUGAACCUGCUGAUGAAGAUGGGCUACGAGGGCCACGUCAUGGCCAACGCGCCGCUGUACGACCCGCUCACUAGCCCGGAGAACGUCGAGCGCCUGCGCGGCAUCCCCGUCAUGCUCUUCGUCGGCCGCGACAACGCCGUGCUCUCGCCCGAGGCCACCGAGCGUACCUACGAGACCCUGUGCGACGCCUUCGAGCACGGCGACUACAAGCGCAAGGUCGUGCCCGGCUACGGCCACCUGGACGGCUGGAUGGGCCGCAAUGCCUGGAAGGAUGUGUACCCCUUCGUGCGGGAGGAAGUGGAUCGCGUUACGAGGGGUGAGGCGUAUGAGUUUGAGGAGCCGGAUGAUCGGUUCAAGGCUAUGGUGCAUGGGGGGGAGUUGUUGUAUUGAUUGUAAGCUAGGAAGCGGUGGCGGUCGGAGUUUUGGACACAUACCCCCUGAUACGGUUUUGGAUACUUGGAUUGGAUGGAUAUAGGCGUUUUUCCUUUCACUACUUGUUUAGCAGCGAUGUUUGUUGUCUUUCUUUCUAUGUAGACCAUUUCUCUGUAUGGGACACAUCGGGAUUUGGAGGAUAAUGUUGAAGAUUGGCAGGACCAAAUAGUCAUUAUAUAUAGUAAACACAACAAUUAAGGAGAAUACCACAUG